AUGCUCAGUAAAGUUCAAUUCAAUUUACCGUGGAAUACAAAAAACUAUGCGCCAUUUCUUAAUGAAGAAUGUGAGGAUUCCGUUGAUCUUUCUGACAGCCACGACUUCGGUCAAUAUCACACCACUUUAGCCUCAAAGGACAAAAGUGAAAUUGAGGAUGAGGAUAUUGACAAUAAUGUUUACUCUUUACCUCCAUCAGCUUCCUCGUCCCUCUGUCUUCCACCAAACCCAGAUCCACCACCUUUCGAUGUACUUCACGAACCCCUUGUUAUUGAAUCUCGUGGUGGCAACGCCUCAAAAUCCUCUCCCACCCAAGACAAAAUGGUGGACCCGUUUUAUGCCGACAGUCUGAAGCUUCAGAGGGAAAUUCUCAGUCCCGGUGGAAUAGAAAUCUACAUUUCUGCGCAUGAUCUCUUGAAAAAUGUUGCCGUUAUUGAAUUGGAAAACAGUCUCUGGUAA